AUGCUUAGAACCUUUUUAACGAAAUCAUCAUUUAGAAUUACUACCUCUACAAGCUUUAUUACUCAUAGUAGGUUACCUAACUAUGGCAGAUUCAACUCUACCAACUCCAUCACUAGCAAUAUCAAAAAGUUGAAUACACUAAAAGAAUUCCAAGAUUCUAUAAAAGAUCCCAACAAAGUUAGUUUAAUAGAUUUUUAUGCUACCUGGUGUGGCCCAUGUAAAGCCAUUUCUCCAGUUUUAGAAAAAUAUUCUGCUGAAUUUGAAAACGUUAAUUUUUUCAAAGUUGAUGUUGACGAAUCUCCAGAAGUUGCUGGGUAUUGUGGUAUAACUGCUAUGCCUACUUUUAUUUUUUGCAAAGAUGGCAAAGGUAUUGCACAAAUUGUCGGUGCCAAUGUUCGUGAAUUAAAAGAUAAUUUGGAACAUUUUAGUAAAGGUGGUGAAGAAGAAAAACAAUAG